AUUGCCAAGAUAUAUAUAUAAUGGCGCGGCAGGGACAGGGAGGUCUCUCCAUCAUCCGAAUCUAGCUAGCUAGCUAGCUUGCUAGUAGCGCAGCAAGGAUAUAUAGGGAUAGGGACUGCAGGGCCGGCUACCGGCAACGGAGGCAGCAAUGGCAACGGAUCAGGCUGCCGGCGGACACGUCCAGCAGCAGCAGCUGUUCCGCGUCGUGGACACGGCCCAGGUGGCUCCUGCAGGUGGUGUUGACGUCGCACUAGUGCCGCCACGCUCCAUCCCGCUCACCUUCUUCGACGUCAAGUGGCUGCACCUCCCGCCCGUGGAGCGCGUCCUCCUGUACCGCCUCUCCCCGGACGCCGACGUCCCCGCCAUCCUCUCCCAUCUCAGGACCUCCCUCUCCCAGGCACUCGGCGCCUUCUACCCGAUGGCAGGACACGUCGUCAUGCCCACGCCCACGGAGCGCCGCCACCAGCUGUCGUACAGACCCGGCGACGCCGUCCCCUUCACCACCGCCGAGUACGACGUGGACAUCGACCACCUCAUCGCUGACGACGACUCCGCCCCCGUGCAGGUGGCCGCGCUCGCCCCGCUCGUGCCGCACCUGCCCAAGGGCCGAGCGGUGCUCGCCGUGCAGGCCACGCUGUUGCUCGGCGGCCGGGGCCUCGCGGUGGGAGUCACCGUCCACCACACCACCUGCGACGGAGCAGGAUCCACGCACUUCCUCCACACAUGGGCAGCAGCGGCGGCUGGAGCUGGACAUCGUCAGCUCCCACCACCACAGGCACAGCCCCCCGUGAUAGACCGGGAGCUCAUCCCGGACCCCAGGGGCCUCUACGACAUGUACCUCAGAAGCAUGCCCCCCGUGGUGUCCCAGGACGGCUUCGAGUUCGUGCUGGGCAAGUAUCAGGAUCCCGGCGAGGACAAGGCCCUGGCCACGUUCACGCUGUCCCAGCAGCUGCUGCAGAGCAUCAAGAGCGCGGUCGCCGACGAGGCGGCGCGGCGUGGCAUGGUGACGCCGCCGCGGUGCUCCUCGAUCCUCGCCACCUACGGCUUCAUCUGGUCCUGCUACAGCCAGGUCCGGCGAGCAAAGACGUCCAAGUCCAACAACACCAGCUACUUCCUCUUCUCCGUGGACCAGCGCUCUCGCCUGAAACCGCCCGUCCCUGACAAGUACUUUGGCAACUGCUGCUGCCCGGCCAUCGCGAGGGCGCCGACGGACGAGGUGGCGGCCGGGGGCAUGGUCGGGCUGUUCGCGGCGUGCGCGGCGGUGGCGGCGGCGGUGGAGGAGGAGGUGCGCGAGGGGGCGCAGGAGCGGUGGGACGCGUGCGUGGCGAGGGUCAAGGAGGCGGUGGCCAACGGGACGCUGUCCGUGGCCGGCUCCCCGAGGUUCCGCGUCUACGACCUCGACUUUGGGUUCGGCCCGCCGGCAAAGGUGGACAUGGUGUCCGUGGCCAAGACCGGCGCCAUCUCCGUGGCGGACGCGCGUCCAGGAGGAGGUGGCGGCGUCGAGGUCGGCAUCUCUCUGCCGGCGGCGACGGGGGACAUGGACCGCUUCCGACAGACCGUUGCACAAGGGAUGGCGUGGCUCCUUUAAUUUAAUUUCGAUCGGCUCCUCCAGUCUCUCUUCUUCUUCUUCUUCUUCUUCUUCUUCUUCUUCUUCUUCUUCAUGCAUUGUCAUUGUGAUUGUGAUUGUGAUUGUGAUUGUGUGUGCUCGUACUCGUACGUGUUGAAUAAUAAGCAAACUAGUCGAUCACAGCGAGUGAUGCUUAGCGUGUCGUUUGCCAUUUGUUUGUUGGAGUUAAUUGGAGCGAUGGACCCGGCAUGCACG